CCAUCAUCAGUCUUUAGUCUUUUAACUCUCUGUUCCAGUCUUCUCGUUUCCUUUGGUCCACGAUAGAAUCCAUUUUGGUUUCUUUCGAAAUGUGGUCAAAUGUCGAAUACGCGUUACAAAGGAGAAAGCUUUCUCUUUACCUCGUUCGUCUUCGUCAACGGGUGAAUCAAUCAAUGAAUGAAUGGUCCCUCUGGGUUAGAUAAACCUUGCUAGGUCAUCAUCCUUUACUGGAUUUGCUUUUACUCUGAUGACAAGUUGGAAAAAUGGAACAAAGACCACUCCUUUGCUUCCUUUGGCUGAUUCUACUAUUCAAUUUUACUCUCAGAGUCGCCGGAAACGCCGAAGGUGAUGCUUUAUUUAUGCUGAAAAACAGUUUAUCAUCAGCUGACACUGCAAACAAUGUACUCCAAAGCUGGGAUGCUACUCUUGUUACUCCUUGUACCUGGUUUCAUGUUACUUGCAAUAAUCAGAAUAAAGUUACUCGUGUUGAUCUUGGGAAUGCACAACUAUCUGGGAAACUGGUUCCAGAACUUGGUCAACUUUCAAACUUGCAGUACUUCUGUACCUAUGCAUGCAGAAGGGAGCUUUAUAGCAAUAACAUUACUGGGGAGAUACCUGAAGAGCUUGGCGACUUGAGGGAACUAGUGAGCUUGGAUCUAUAUGCGAAUAACAUAGGCGGUCCCAUCCCGUCGUCUCUUGGCAAACUAGAGAAACUCCGAUUCUUGCGUCUUAACAACAAUAGCUUAUCUGGGGAAAUUCCAAUGGAAUUGACUUCUGUGCAGCUGCAAGUUCUCGAUAUCUCAAACAACCGGCUCACUGGAGAUAUUCCUGUUAAUGGUUCCUUUUCGCUCUUCACUCCUAUUAGUUUUUACAAUAAUAAUUUAACGCCACUCUCUGAACCUCCGCCUACUUCUACCGCUCCUACGCCACCACAACCUUCAGGCAGACCAAUGACUGCAGCAAUAGCAGGGGGAGUUGCUGCAGGUGCAGCACUUCUAUUUGCUGUUCCAGCCAUUGCGCUAGCUUGGUGGCUGAGAAGAAAACCACAUGACCGCUUUUUUGAUGUACCUGCUGAAGAAGACCCAGAGGUUCAUUUAGGACAACUCAAAAGGUUUACCUUGCGUGAACUGUUAGUUGCUACAGAUAACUUUAGCAAUAAAAAUGUUUUGGGUAGAGGUGGUUUUGGUAAAGUGUAUAAAGGACGUUUAGCUGAUAGCUCUCUAGUGGCUGUGAAAAGGCUAAAAGAAGAACGUACCAAGGGUGGGGAACUGCAAUUUCAAACAGAGGUUGAGAUGAUAAGUAUGGCCGUUCAUAGGAACUUGCUUCGGCUUCGUGGCUUUUGCAUGACACCAACUGAAAGAUUGCUUGUUUAUCCCUACAUGGCUAAUGGAAGUGUUGCUUCUUGUUUAAGAGAACGUGCUGAAGGCAAUCCAGCACUUGAUUGGCCAAAGAGAAAGCAUAUUGCUCUGGGAUCAGCAAGGGGGCUGGCAUAUUUACAUGAUCACUGCGACCAAAAAAUCAUUCACCGUGAUGUGAAAGCUGCGAAUAUAUUGUUAGAUGAAGAGUUUGAAGCUGUUGUUGGAGAUUUUGGGCUGGCAAAAUUAAUGAAUUAUAACGACUCCCAUGUGACAACUGCUGUACGCGGUACGAUUGGCCAUAUAGCUCCUGAGUACCUUUCGACAGGAAAAUCUUCUGAGAAAACUGAUGUUUUUGGGUACGGGGUCAUGCUUCUCGAGCUCAUAACUGGACAGAAAGCUUUUGAUCUAGCUCGGCUUGCAAAUGAUGAUGAUAUCAUGUUACUCGACUGGGUGAAAGAGGUUUUGAAAGAGAAGAAGCUGGAAAGCCUUGUAGACGCAGAGCUAGAAGGAAAGUACGUGGAAACAGAAGUGGAGCAGCUGAUCCAAAUGGCUCUGCUCUGCACUCAAAGUUCUGCACUGGAACGUCCCAAGAUGUCAGAGGUAGUGAGAAUGCUGGAAGGAGAUGGUUUAGCUCAGAGAUGGGAAGAGUGGCAAAAGGAGGAGAUGCAGACGCACGAUUUCAAUUAUCAAGCCUAUCCUCAAGCUGGCACUGACUGGCUCAUCCCAUAUUCCAAUUCCCUUAUCGAAAACGAUUACCCUUCAGGUCCAAGAUAACCUUUUAGAAAAGGUCAUGAUGCCAUGUGAGUUCUUAUACAAGUGUAUAUUAUAUAAGAUUGAUGAAGUUGUAAGAAGCAAAAACCCACAUUCACAUUCAAACAUCAGUACGUACUCCAAUACUAAUCAGCUCUACGAUACUUUUUAGACC